GGCAGCCUCUCUCUCUCCCCCUUCGAAUCACACGGAUUACACUUCGGUCAUCGUCACAAGCCAGCAACCCAAGAGGGGUCAUCCUCUACGAGAUAGGAGGGUACCCAAGACAUCAUGGCUGAAGGAGGAGAGAGUGAGGAUGAAAUCCAGUUCCUCAGGACGGAAGAUGUGGUGGUCUUGCAAUGCAGCGCUACAAUCCGAAAAGAAAACCUCAAGAUGUGCAUGGGAGCUGAAGGCUUUGGAAAUCGCCUUUGCUUCCUGGAAUCAACAUCCAAUGCUCAGAACGUACCUCCAGAUCUUGCAGUCUGCUGCUUUAUUCUGGAGCAAUCUCUGUCGGUUAGAGCUCUGCAGGAAAUGUUGGCGAACACAGUGGAGAUGGGAAACGAGUCUUCUCAAGGUGGGGGACACAGAACAUUGCUCUAUGGUCAUGCCAUUCUCCUGAGACACUGCCACAGUAAUAUGUACCUCUGCUGUCUGACUACAUCUCGUUCUCUUACUGAUAAACUGGCUUUCGAUGUUGGUCUACAAGAAGAUGCCACAGGAGAAGCUUGUUGGUGGACCAUCCAUCCAGCAUCAAAACAGCGUUCAGAAGGAGAGAAGGUGCGAAUAGGUGAUGAUUUGAUCCUAGUCAGUGUUUCAUCCGAGAGAUACCUGCACCUCUCCAUAGCGAGUGGGGACCUUCAAGUGGAUGCUUCAUUCAUGCAAACUCUAUGGAACAUGAAUCCAAUUACCUCUGGUUGUGAAAUAGCGGAAGGAUACCUUACUGGUGGAGAUGUUCUACGCCUGUUCCAUGGUCAUAUGGAUGAAUGUUUAACCAUUUCAUCGACAGACCAAGGAGAGGAGCAGCGUAGGAUAGCCCAUUACGAGGGAGGGCCAGUUUGCUCCCAUGCGCGGUCUUUGUGGAGGCUGGAGCCUUUGAGAAUUAGUUGGAGUGGGAGUCACUUAAGAUGGGGACAGUCCUUCCGGGUGCGUCAUGUGACUACAGGGAGAUACCUGGCCCGCGAUGAGGAAAAGGGUCUGCUACUGGUUGAUGCCGAGAAAGGCAACACCAAAGCUACUGCCUUCUGCUUCCGGGCUUCUAAGGAAAAGUUGGAUGUUGCACCCAAGCGAGAUGUGGAAGGGAUGGGCCCUGCUGAGAUAAAAUAUGGAGAGUCCAUGUGUUUUGUUCAGCACGUUAAUAGUGCUCUUUGGCUCACUUAUGGUGCCGCUGACUCUAAAGUGGUCCGUUUGGGUCCUGUAAAACGCAAGGCUAUUUUGCACCAAGAAGGUCAUAUGGAUGAUGCUUUGUCCCUGUCACGUUCCCAAAGAGAAGAGUCCCAAGCUGCAAGAAUGAUAUACAGCACAGCCGCACUUUUUAACGCGUUCAUCAAGGGCCUGGACAGUUUGAAUGCAAAGAACAAGCCUUCAAAACCGGUAUCAUUGCCUAUCGAUAUGGUUAUUUUAACUUUGCAAGAUCUGAUUGGCUAUUUCCAGCACCCAGAGGAGGAUUUACAGCAUGAGGAGAAGCAGACCAAGUUACGGUCUCUUAAAAACCGUCAAAAUCUCUUCCAGGAAGAGGGAAUUAUCUCCCUUGUCUUGGACUGCAUAGACCGUCUCAAUGUAUACAGCACAGCUGCUCACUUUGCAGAGUUUGCUGGGGAGGAAGCUGGCGAGUCCUGGAAGGAGAUUGUAAACUUACUUUAUGAACUGCUCGCUGCACUUAUAAGGGGAAAUCGCUCCAACUGUGCCUUGUUCUCCAGUAACUUAGACUGGGUGGUCAGCAAACUUGAUCGAUUGGAAGCUUCAUCAGGGAUUUUGGAAGUUUUGUACUGCGUCUUGAUUGAGAGCCCAGAGGUUUUGAACAUUAUUAAGGAAAAUCAUAUCAAGUCCAUUAUUUCUCUACUGGAUAAACACGGACGAAACCACAAGGUUCUGGAUGUCCUCUGCUCUCUGUGUGUGUGCAAUGGAGUAGCUGUUAGAUCCAACCAGAAUCUAAUCACUGAGAACCUCCUUCCCCGAAGAGAUCUUCUUCUUCAGACCAGGAUGGUCAACUAUGUCACCAGCAUGAGACCUAAUGUCUUUCUGGGAACAUGUGAGGGAUCCACACAGUUCAAAAAGUGGUAUUUUGAAGUUAUUGUGGAUCAUGUGGAGCCUUUCGUCACUCCUGAGACCACUCACCUGCGUGUUGGCUGGGCACUAAAUGAGGGCUACAGUCCUUACCCUGGUGCAGGCGAAGGCUGGGGAGCCAAUGGAGUGGGUGAUGAUCUGUAUUCCUUUGCAUUUGAUGGGCUCCACCUUUGGUCAGGUCGAGUUUGCCGCUCUGUGGCCUCACACAACCAGCAUUUGCUGACAGUGGAUGAUGUGGUCAGUUGUUGUCUGGACUUGACAGUUCCCAGCAUUUCAUUCCGUUUCAAUGGGCACCCUGUUCAGGGCAUGUUUGAGAACUUCAAUUUGGAUGGACUCUUCUUCCCAGUUGUUAGCUUCUGCGCUGGAAUUAGAAUACGGUUUCUCCUGGGUGGUCGACAUGGGGAUUUUAAGUUCCUUCCACCACCUGGUUACACUCCAGUCUAUGAAGCUCUUCUGCCUCGGGAUCGUAUGCGUGUGGAGCCCAUCAAAGAAUACAAAAAUGACUUUCAAGAAAUUCGGAAUCUUCUUGGGCCCACCAAAUCCCUUUCCCACACCUCGUUUGUUCCCUGUCCAGUGGACACUAUACAGAUUGUCCUACCCCCUCACCUGGAACGAAUCCGUGAAAAGUUGGCAGAAAACAUCCAUGAACUUUGGGCCCUCACAAGAAUUGAACAGGGAUGGACCUAUGGGCCAAUCCGGGAUGACAACAAAAGGUUACACCCAUGUCUUCUCGACUUCCAUAGUCUGCCCGAGCCAGAGAGAAAUUACAACUUGCUGAUGUCUGGAGAGACUUUGAAGACCCUUCUUGCGCUCGGCUGCCAUGUGGGCAUGGCGGAUGAAAAGGCAGAGGAAAACCUGAAGAAGAUAAAGCUUCCCAAAACAUACAUGAUGUCCAACGGAUACAAGCCUGCUCCCCUUGAUCUGUCUCAUGUCAAGCUAACACCAGCACAAAACACCUUGGUGGAUAAACUAGCAGAAAAUGGUCACAAUGUCUGGGCGAGAGACAGAGUGCAACAAGGAUGGACAUAUAGCAUCAUACAAGAUAUCAAGAAUAAGAGGAACCCUCGCCUUGUGCCAUACAGUCUGCUAGAUGAGAAGACCAAGAAAACCAAUAGAGACAGCCUGUGUGAGGCUGUACGCACUCUUAUUGGAUAUGGAUACAAUAUAGAACCACCUGACCAGGAGAGCACGGGUCAGGGAGUAACGAAACCUAGGUCUGAAAGAGUGCGCAUCUUCCGUGCGGAGAAAUCAUACGCCGUCAAUUCUGGGAAAUGGUAUUUUGAAUUUGAGGCCGUAACGACAGGAGAGAUGAGAGUAGGAUGGGCUCGACCUGAAGUGCGACCAGAUGUGGAACUUGGAGCUGACGACCUAGCUUAUGUGUUUAAUGGAUGCAGGGGUCAGCGUUGGCAUAUUGGUAGUGAACCAUUUGGGCGUAACUGGCUUCCGGGAGAUGUUGUUGGGUGUAUGAUUGACCUGACCGACAUGAAUAUCAUGUUUACAUUAAAUGGAGAGAUGCUGAUAAGUGAUUCUGGCUCUGAGCUAGCCUUCAAGGAUAUAGAAAUCGGAGCUGGAUUCAUCCCUGUUUGCAGUCUUGGAAUGUCCCAAGUUGGUAGACUGAACUUGGGGCAGGAUGUCAGCAGUCUUCGCUACUUUACCAUUUGUGGUCUACAGGAAGGGUUUGAGCCAUUUGCUAUUAACAUGAAGAGAGAAAUCACCACUUGGUUUAGUAAGAGUCUUCCUCAGUUUGUGCCGGUGCCUCCAGAUCAUGGUCAUAUUGAGGUUGGAAGAAUUGAUGGUACUGUAGACAACCCACCUUGUCUCAAAGUGACCCACAAGACUUUUGGGUCUCAGACCAGCAACAAUGACAUGCUAUUCUUUAGACUCAGCAUGCCUGUGGAAUUUUAUGAGACGUUUAAAUGUACAGCGGGAGCUACUCCUCUUACUCGUACUUUUACCAUACCUGAAGAAGAGGUCCAAGAUGUUGAUAUAGAUUCUGAAUUUGAGCAGCUGAAGAAAUCUGCUAGUCGCAAAGAAGCAGAAGCUACCAACGAGAAGGAAGCACCUAAAGAACCACCAAAGGAGGUGGCAAAAACUGAGAAUGAGAAGGAUGUUACUACAGAGAAAACCAAAGGAAAAAGAGGGUUCCUCUUUAAAGCUAGGAAGCCAGCAUUUAUCUCAUCAGUUCCUGUUGUGCCAGCUAUGCCUCGCUUGAUGAAGGAUGUAGUGCCUGAUGAUAGAGAUGACCUUGACAUCAUCAUGAACACUACUACGUACUAUUACUCCGUAAGAAUCUUUGCUGGACAAGAACCCACCGGAGUUUGGGUGGGCUGGGUGACUCCUGAUUAUCAUCUGUAUGAUAUGAACUUUGACCUGGGCAAAGUCCGUAUGGCCACCAUUACGAUGGGGGAUGACAAGGGGAACAUAUAUAACAGCAUCAAACGCAGCAAUUGUUACAUGGUUUGGGGUGGAGAAUUCAGCAACAAUACCCAGCAAGCUCGCGUCCGAAAAGAGGAUCUUGUAAUUGGUUGCCUAAUUGACUUAGCGACUGGGCUCAUGACCUUCACAGCUAAUGGGAAAGAAGUUAAUACAUUCUUCCAGGUUGAGCCCAACACAAAACUUUUCCCGGCUGUCUUUGCUCAACCAUUGAGCCAGAAUUUGUUCCAGUUUGAAUUGGGAAAAUUGAAGAAUAUCAUGCCCAUAUCUGCCGCCAUGUUCCGUAGUGAAAGAAAGAACCCAGUGCCUCAGUGCCCACCCCGUCUGGAUGUCCAGAUUCUAACCCCUGUUGUAUGGAGUCGGAUGCCUAAUGAAUUUUUAACAAUAGAAACGGGAAAGGUCAGCGAUAGGCAUGGCUGGAUGGUAGCGUGCACAGAACCACUUAUGAUGAUGGCUCUCCAUAUUCCAGACGAAAACAGGUGCAUUGAUAUCCUUGAGUUGUCAGAACGCUUGGACAUGCUGAAAUUCCACUACCAUACCCUAAAGCUCUACUGCUCAGUCUGCGCCCUUGGAAAUAACCGAGUGGCCCAUGCCCUCACGAGCCAUGUUGAUGAAUCUCAGCUACUUUACACCAUUGAGAGUAAUCACUUAUCAGGUCUUCUUCGGAUUGGUUUCUAUGACCUUCUCAUUAGCAUCCAUCUGGAAUCUGCAAAGCGAGCACGUCUGACAAUGAACAGUGAAUUUAUUGUGCCAAUGACAGACCAGACAAAGAGUAUCACGCUCUUCCCCAACGAGAACAAGAAGCACGGGCUACCUGGUGUAGGCAUGAGUACAUGCCUAAGGCCAGACCUCCAUUUUUCACAUACUUGCUUUGUCAGUACCAGUACUGAACUUUACCAGCACAGUCCUUACAUCCCACUGGAUAUCCUGAAGAUCAAGGCUAUUAACAUGUUGACAGAAGCAGUACUGGAUGGUGGACAGCACACCAGAGAUCCUGUUGGAGGAACCGUUGAAUUCCAGUUUGUACCAGUGCUGAAGCUGAUCUCCACUCUCCUUAUCAUGGGUGUCUUUGAGGAUGAUGAUGUGCGGCACAUAUUAAAGAUGAUAGAGCCCAAUGUGUUUUCAGAAGAAGAACCAGCAGAAGAAGAGGAAAGGACAGAGGAAGGUGGAGAGCAGGGUGCAGAAGAAGAUGCUGAGGAAAAAAGUGCUGAGGAGGAGGAAGAAGCUGAAGAAGAAGAAGGACAAGAGAAGAAAAAAGAAGGUGAAGAAAAAGCAGUUGAGGCUGGGGAGCAGGAUGGCAAAGAGGAAGAACAGAGUUUAGAAGAAGGUUUGCUGCAGAUGAAACUGCCAGAGUCGGUAAAGUUGCAGAUGUGUAAUUUACUACAAUAUUUCUGCGACCGGGAGUUACAGCACCGUGUUGAAGCCAUCAUUGCGUUCUCUGAGCGCCACGUAGACAGUCUGCAAACCAAUCAGAGGAAGCGUUACAGAGAGCUAAUGCAAGCCUUUACCAUGUCAGCAGCAGAAACUGCUCGUAGGACAAGGGAGUUCCGUUCUCCACCACAAGAACAGAUUAACAUGUUGGUAAACUUCAAGAACAUGCUUGAAGAAGAAACCCCUGUACCUGAGGAAAUUCAAGAUGAGCUGACCGAAUUCCACACUGACCUUCUGUCCCACUGUGGUGUCCAAAUAGAAGGGGAAGAGGAAGAAGAGCAGGAGGACACAAGUCUAACGAGACGUCUCUUCAACUUACUGGAGAAAGUGCGUAAUCUGAGGGGCAAGAAAAAGGAACCAGAACCUGAACCUGAGGAAAAGGAAGAGCCAAAACCCAGCACCUUACAGGAACUUAUCUGUCAUACCAUGGUACACUGGGCACAGGAGUCUUUCAUCCAAAACCCUGAGCUGGUGCGAGUAAUGUUCAGCUUGCUGCACCGUCAGUACGAUGGACUGGGAGAACUUAUCCGAGCUUUACCUAGAGCCUAUACCAUCAAUCAAGUGUCUGUAGAAGACACCAUGAACCUGCUGGAGAGUCUGGGGCAAAUUCGUUCCUUGCUUAUUGUGCAGAUGGGACCUGAGGAGGAAAACCUGAUGAUCCAGAGUAUUGGAAACAUCAUGAACAACAAGGUCUUUUACCAGCAUCCUAACCUGAUGCGAGCUUUGGGAAUGCAUGAGACUGUUAUGGAAGUCAUGGUCAACGUGUUGGGUGGAGAAGAAUCCAAGGAGAUUCGUUUCCCUAAAAUGGUCACCAACUGCUGCAGAUUCCUUUGCUAUUUCUGUAGAAUCAGUCGACAGAACCAAAGAGCAAUGUUUGAUCAUCUUAGCUACCUGCUGGAAAAUAGCGGUAUCGGUUUGGGUAUGAGAGGGUCUACUCCUCUAGAUGUAGCUGCUGCUUCAGUCAUUGACAAUAAUGAGUUAGCUCUAGCUCUUCAAGAACAGGACCUUGAGAAGGUGGUCUCCUAUCUGGCUGGCUGUGGCCUACAGAGCUGUCCCAUGCUGCUAGCCAAAGGCUAUCCUGACAUUGGUUGGAACCCUGUGGGUGGGGAGAGGUACCUGGACUUCCUCCGAUUUACUGUUUUUGUUAACGGAGAAAGUGUGGAGGAGAAUGCCAACGUGGUGGUACGUCUUCUCAUCCGACGACCUGAAUGUUUUGGCCCUGCUCUCAGAGGAGAGGGAGGUAAUGGCCUGCUAGCUGCCAUUGAGGAAGCCAUCAAGAUCUCUGAGGACCCUGCUAGGGAUGGUCCCACAGUCAAAAAGGACCGUCGAAGGGAAUUGUACAGUGGGGAGGAAGCUCAUGAAGAAAAUCGUGUGCACCUUGGUAAUGCCAUCAUGUCCUUCUAUUCCGCUCUCAUUGAUUUGUUGGGUCGUUGUGCUCCAGAAAUGCAUUUGAUUGAGGCCGGUAAAGGUGAAGCCUUGCGAAUCAGAGCUAUCCUUCGAUCUUUGGUGCCCCUUGAAGACCUGGUUGGAGUUAUUAGCUUACCCCUUCAGAUACCAGCAUUUGGAAAGGAUGGCAAUGCAAUUGAGCCAAAAAUGUCUGCCAGCUUUGUGCCAGACCAUAAGGCACCAAUGGUUCUCUUCUUGGACCGUGUUUACGGCAUUGACAAUCAGGACUUCCUUCUACAAGUUCUAGAAGUUGGUUUCUUACCAGAUAUGAGAGCAACAGCAUCUCUGGACACUGCUGCAUUCAGCACCACCGAAAUGGCCUUGGCCUUAAAUCGAUACUUGUGUUUGGCGGUUCUUCCUCUAAUUACCAAAUGUGCUCCACUGUUUGCCGGCACUGAGCACCGUGCAAUCAUGGUGGACUCCAUGUUGCACACAAUUUAUAGAUUAUCCCGUGGACGUUCUCUUACCAAAGCCCAAAGAGAUGUUAUUGAGGAAUGUCUAAUGGCACUGUGCAGAUAUCUCCGCCCUUCAAUGUUGCAGCAUCUUUUGAGAAGGCUUGUCUUUGACGUUCCAAUUCUUAAUGAGUAUGCCAAAAUGCCAUUGAAGCUCCUCACUAACCACUAUGAACGGUGCUGGAAAUACUACUGUCUUCCAACGGGAUGGGCCAACUAUGGUGUGUCGUCUGAAGAGGAGCUUCAUCUAACAAGGAAACUUUUCUGGGGCAUAUUUGAAUCUCUUUCUCAUAAGAAAUUUGACGCUGAGCUAUAUAAGAUUACCACGCCGUGUCUAUGUUCAAUUGCUGGUGCUAUACCACCUGACUAUGUCGAUGCCAGCUACUCCUCAAAGACUGAGAAGAAGGCUUCUGUGGAUGCUGAAGGAAACUUUGACCCCAAACCUGUGGAGACCUUAAAUGUAAUCAUCCCUGAAAAGCUUGAUAGCUUCAUCAACAAAUAUGCUGAGUACACUCAUGACAAAUGGGCUUUUGAGAAGAUACAAAAUAACUGGUCCUAUGGAGAGACGGUGGAUGAAGAAGUCAAAACACAUCCCAUGCUGCGCCCCUACAAAACCUUUUCCGAAAAGGACAAGGAGAUCUACCGUUGGCCUAUCAAAGAAUCACUGAAAGCCAUGAUAGCUUGGGAAUGGAUGGUUGAAAAGGCCAGAGAGGGAGAAGACGACAAGACUGAAAAGAAGACAAAAACAAGAAAGAUCUCUCAAUCUGCUCAGGCAACCUAUGAUCCCUCAGUACAAACCUUUAGCCCAACUCCCAUUGACCUUACUGGAAUCACCCUGUCUAGAGAGCUUCAGUCAAUGUCUGAGCAACUGGCAGAGAAUUACCACAACACAUGGGGGCGUAAGAAAAAACACGAGCUGGAGGCCAAAGGAGGAGGAACCCAUCCCUUACUUGUACCCUAUGAUACACUGACUGCUAAAGAGAAAGCUCGUGACAGGGAGAAAGCACAUGAACUUCUUAAAUUUCUCCAACUUAAUGGCUAUGCAGUUACCAGGGGGCUGAAAGACAUGGAGCUGGACACUUCCUCUAUUGAAAAGCGUUUUGCAUAUGGCUUCCUGCAGAAACUUCUGAAGCUCAUGGACACAGCCCAGGAGUUCAUCGCACAUUUGGAGGCUGUUGUGAGCAGUGGCAGAGUCGAGAAAUCCCCUCAUGAGCGGGAAAUAAAGUUCUUUGCAAAGAUCCUUCUUCCACUUAUUAACCAGUACUUCAAGAACCAUUGCCUCUACUUCCUGUCUACCCCAGCUAAGGUCCUAGGCAGUGGUGGACAUGCAUCAAACAAAGAAAAGGAGAUGAUUGCUAGCCUAUUCUGUAAGAUGGCUGCUCUGGUACGGCAUCGGGUGUCUUUGUUCGGAACUGAUGCUCCAGCUGUUGUCAACUGUCUACAUAUCUUGGCACGUUCUCUGGAUGCCAGGACAGUGAUGAAGUCUGGCCCGGAGAUAGUAAAAGCUGGUUUACGUUCCUUUUUUGAGGGUGCAUCAGAAGACAUAGAGAAAAUGGUUGAGAACUUAAAACUUGGAAAGGUUUCUCAGUCCAAAACUCAGGUCAAGGGUGUUUCUCAGAAUAUCAAUUAUACAACGGUGGCCCUUUUGCCAGUUCUGACAUCGCUGUUUGAGCACAUUGCACAACAUCAGUUUGGAGAUGACGUUAUAUUGGAUGAUGUACAAGUCUCCUGCUACAGAACAUUGUGUAGUAUCUACUCUCUGGGAACCACCAAGAACCCUUAUGUUGAAAAACAACGUCCAGCUUUGGGAGAGUGUUUGGCCAGACUGGCUGCUGCAAUGCCCGUGGCUUUCUUGGAACCGUACCUGAAUGAGUAUAAUAUCUAUUCUGUUUAUACCACCAAAUCUCCCCGGGAACGUGCCAUCCUGGGUCUUCCCAACUCUGUUGAAGAAAUGUGUCCAGACAUCCCUGAUCUGCAGACUUUGAUCAAGGAAAUCUCAUUGUUAGCAGAAUCUGGUGCGCGCUAUACAGAGAUGCCGCAUGUCAUUGAAAUAACAUUGCCUAUGUUGUGCAAUUACCUUCCUCGUUGGUGGGAAAGAGGACCAGAGAACAUCCCAGAUGACACUUCACCUUGCUGCACAAGUGUGACGUCUGAACAACUCAAUGCUCUUCUGGGAAACAUCCUCCGAAUUGUUGUCAAUAACCUUGGUAUAGACGAGGCCUCGUGGAUGAAGAGACUUGCAGUGUUUGCCCAGCCCAUAGUAAGCAAGGCUAAGCCUGAACUCCUUCGAUCACAUUUCAUUCCCACCAUGGAAAAGCUGAAAAAACGGGCAGGCAAAGUUGUUGCGGAAGAAGAACAGCUGCGUUUGGAAGCCAAGAGUGAAUCUGAAGAUUCGGAAAGUCUGAUUCGUGAUGAGUUCUCUGUUUUAUGCCGUGACCUCUAUGCUCUUUAUCCUCUACUUAUCCGUUAUGUGGACAACAAUAGAGCAAACUGGCUGACAGUCCCUGACUGUGAUGCUGAAGAACUUUUCCGUAUGGUUGGAGAAGUAUUCAUCUUCUGGUCUAAGUCCCAUAACUUCAAACGAGAGGAACAGAAUUUUGUGGUACAGAACGAAAUCAACAACAUGUCCUUCCUCACCGCAGACAGCAAAAGCAAAAUGUCCAAGUCUGGAGACAGCCAGUCUGGUGGCUCUGACCAGGAACGCACAAAGAAGAAACGCCGCGGGGAUCGAUACUCUGUUCAGACAUCACUUAUUGUGGCCACCCUUAAGAAGAUGCUUCCAAUUGGGUUGAACAUGUGUUCACCAACUGACCAAGAGUUGAUCUCAUUAGCCAAGAUACGUUAUUCUCUGAAAGACACAGAUGAAGAAGUAAGGGAAUUCUUGCAGAAUAACCUUCACGUACAGGGAAAGUGUGAGAAUUCUUCCUCUAUGCGUUGGCAAUUGGCCCUUUAUAACAAAAUGUCAGGUAAAGCAGAAGACUCCAAUAACCCGGAGAAGAUUGUAAAACGUGUACAGGAGGUCUCUGCAGUGCUCUUCCAUCUGGAACUGACUGAACAUCCCUUCAAAUCCAAGAAAGCUGUGUGGCACAAGCUUCUUUCCAAGCAACGCCGUCGUGCUGUAGUGGCCUGCUUCAGGAUGACUCCACUAUAUAACCUUCCUCGACACCGUGCUUGCAACAUGUUUUUGGAAGCUUAUAAACACACCUGGAUUAUGAGUGAAGCUCAUGACUUUGAGGACAGGAUGAUUGAUGACUUGGCUAAACCUGGUGAGACACAAGAAGAAGAGGAGGAAGAAGAAGAGAAGAAGCCGGACCCACUGCACCAACUUAUCCUUCAUUUCAGCAGAACCGCUUUGACAGAGAAAACUAAACUGGAUGAAGACUAUUUGUACAUGGCCUACGCGGAUAUCAUGGCAAAGAGUUGUCACAUGGAGGAGGAAGAUGAAGAAGCUGCCGGUGGGGAAGAAGAAGAAUCUGAACUCUCAUUUGAGGAGAAAGAGAUGGAGAAGCAGAGGUUAUUGUACCAGCAGUCCCGUCUCCAUAAUCGUGGUGCUGCCGAGAUGGUCUUGCAGAUGAUCAGUGCAUGUAAAGGUGAACCAGGAGCUAUGGUCUCCUCUACACUCAAGCUUGGAAUUUCUAUCCUCAACGGGGGAAAUGUUGAGGUUCAGCAGAAAAUGCUAGAUUAUCUAAAAGAAAAGAGGGAGGUUGGCUUUUUUCAGAGUGUGCAAGCCCUGAUGCAGACAUGCAGUGUCCUGGACCUGAAUGCUUUUGAGCGCCAGAAUAAAGCAGAAGGACUUGGCAUGGUAACAGAAGAUGGAACGAUCAUCAACCGUGAACAGGGAGAAAAAGUAAUGGCAGAUGACCUGUUCACCCAGGACCUAUUCCGCUUCCUCCAGUUGCUUUGUGAGGGUCACAAUAAUGACUUUCAGAACUACCUUCGUACUCAGACUGGCAACACCACCACCAUCAACAUUAUCAUCUGCACUGUGGAUUAUCUUCUGCGCCUACAGGAAUCCAUCAGUGACUUCUACUGGUAUUAUUCUGGGAAAGAUAUUAUUGAUGACCAAGGCAAGAGGAACUUUUCCAAAGCUAUGUCUGUGGCAAAACAGGUGUUCAACAGCCUAACAGAGUAUAUCCAGGGUCCUUGUACUGGUAACCAGCAGAGCCUGGCACACAGCCGUCUCUGGGAUGCAGUGGUUGGUUUCCUGCAUGUCUUUGCUCACAUGAUGAUGAAAUUGGCCCAGAUGCCCCAAAACGGAGGACUACGAAAUGGCGACUCCAGCCAGAUUGGUCUUCUAAAGGAACUGCUUGACCUUCAAAAAGACAUGGUUGUCAUGCUGCUCUCUCUACUUGAAGGUAAUAUUGUAAAUGGGACAAUUGCUCGUCAGAUGGUAGACAUGCUGGUAGAAUCUUCUAGCAACGUGGAAAUGAUACUCAAAUUCUUUGACAUGUUCUUGAAGCUGAAGGAUAUUGUGGCUUCUGAUGCUUUCAGAGAUUAUGUCACUGAUCCUCGGGGUCUCAUAUCCAAAAAAGAUUUCCAAAAGGCAAUGGACAGCCAGAAACAAUAUACCCCUACUGAGAUCCAGUUCCUUCUUUCAUGCUCAGAAGCCGAUGAAAAUGAAAUGAUCAACUAUGAAGAAUUUGCCAACCGUUUCCAGGAACCGGCUAAGGAUAUUGGUUUUAAUGUGGCAGUGUUACUAACCAAUCUGUCAGAGCAUGUCCCUCAUGACGCAAGGUUGCAUAACUUUUUGGAACUGGCCGAUUGCAUUAUCAACUACUUCAAGCCAUAUCUUGGCAAGAUUGAGAUCAUGGGAGCAGGCAAAAGGAUUGAGCGUAUCUACUUUGAGAUUAGCGAGACCAAUAAAGCCCAAUGGGAAAUGCCUCAGGUCAAGGAGUCCAAACGUCAAUUUAUCUUUGAUGUGGUCAAUGAAGGGGGAGAGUCUGAGAAAAUGGAGCUGUUUGUCAAUUUCUGUGAAGACACAAUUUUUGAGAUGCAAAUUGCUGCACAAAUCUCAGAGCCGGAAGAAGAAAAAGCUGAAGAUGAUGAUGAAGAUUUUGGAGGAGCCGAAGGAUCUGGUGAAGGCGAUGAGGCAGAAAAUGGGUCUGCUCCACCGGAAGCUACAUCAGCUUUUGGAGAGUUUAUGAACAAUGUGAUAAACUUCUUCAAAAUGUUUACCUACAAGAAUCUUAGAAGACAAUAUCGAAAGAUCAAGAAGAUGACAUUGAAGGAAAUAGUGAUGGCCAUUGCCUCAUUUUUGUGGACCAUAUUCCUUGGAACUCUUCACUUUAUUUACAGUGUCUGCAAGGGCAUAUUCUUCCUCAUCUGGCACACAUUGUUUGGAGGUAGUCUUGUAGAGGGUGCCCAGAAAUUAACUGUAACUGAAAUCUUGGCCAGUAUGCCAGAUCCCACACAGGAUGAGGUUCACGGAGAUGGACCUCCUACAGCGAUUAGCGAUGAGUUACCUGAGUCUGGGGAUGCUAUGGACUUUGUGGAUGUAGGCAAAGAAGAAGUACAAGAGGAAGGUACAGAAAUAUUUGGGCUUGACAUGAAGAAGGAUAGUGGACAUUACAGAGCUCCAGAUGCUCAUGGUGGCUUAGGCGAUAUGGGAGAUACCACACCAGUCGAACCACCAACACCAGAGGGAUCUCCCAUAUUGAAGAGAAGGUUUCUGGAGGACGACGUUCCAAUUCAUUUGGAUGGUGCUCCAGAAGAGCAGCCAGUGGAAGAAGCACCAGAGCCAGAACCGGAAAAAGCAGAUUCAGAAAAUGGAGAGAAGGGUGAAGUUGUGGAAGAAGAAGCUCCACCUCCUGAGGAACCCAGGGAGCCAGAGUUUACUGAAGCACCAAAGAAGAAGGCAACCGCAAAAGAAAGGAAACCAGAAACUUCAGACGGAGGAUUUGAAUUCUGGAAUGAACUGGAGAUCCAGAGAAUAAAAUUCUUGAAUUAUCUGUCUAGGAAUUUCUACAACCUUCGGUUCCUAGCGCUCUUCUUGGCAUUUGCUAUUAAUUUCAUUCUGCUCUUCUACAAGGUAUCUGAUUCCCCAAAAGGUGAGGAUGACUUUGAAGGUUCUGGAUUACAGGAAGAUCUACCCAUUCUGGAUGAGGGAAGCGGCGAUGAUGAAGAUGAGGAAGAUAGUGUUGUAUAUUUCUUCUUGGAGGAAAGCACGGGAUAUAUGCAGCCAACGUUGUAUCUUUUGUCUGUAGUCCAUACUCUCAUUGCCUUCCUGUGUAUCAUUGGCUACAACUGUCUGAAGGUACCACUAGUCAUCUUCAAACGGGAGAAAGAGUUGGCACGUAAACUGGAAUUCGAUGGUGUCUAUAUUACAGAGCAGCCAGAGGAUGAUGACAUAAAAGGGCAGUGGGAUCGUCUGGUCUUAAAUACUCCAUCAUUUCCAAGCAAUUACUGGGACAAAUUUGUUAAACGAAAGGUACUGGAUAAAUAUGGAGACAUCUACGGCCGUGAAAGAAUCGCAGAACUGUUGGGAAUAGACCUGGCCAGUUUGGAAAUCAGCUCGCAGAAUGGGAAGAAACGAGAGCCAGAUAAAUCUCUCCUAACAUGGAUCACCUCCAUUGACAUAAAGUACCAGAUCUGGAAAUUUGGAGUUGUCUUCACAAAUAAUUCUUUCCUGUACCUGGUCUGGUAUUUGGUCAUGUCCCUUCUCGGACACUACAACAACUUCUUCUUUGCUGCUCAUCUUCUGGAUAUCGCUAUGGGAGUGAAGACCCUACGUACUAUCCUGUCAUCAGUCACUCACAACGGCAAACAGCUCAUGAUGACAGUGGGACUCCUGGCUGUGGUUGUAUACCUCUAUACAGUGGUCGCCUUUAACUUUUUCCGUAAAUUCUAUAACAAGAGUGAGGAUGAAGAUGAACCGGACAUGAAGUGUGAUGAUAUGAUGACUUGUUACCUCUUCCAUAUGUAUGUUGGUGUACGAGCCGGUGGAGGUAUCGGUGAUGAGAUUGAAGACCCUGCAGGAGACGAGUAUGAACUUUACCGUGUGGUGUUUGACAUCACGUUCUUCUUCUUUGUCAUCGUCAUCCUUCUGGCCAUCAUUCAGGGUCUGAUCAUUGAUGCUUUUGGAGAACUGAGAGACCAACAGGAACAAGUGAAGGAAGAUAUGGAGACCAAAUGCUUCAUCUGUGGCAUUGGCAGUGAUUACUUUGACACGACGCCGCACGGCUUUGAGACACAUACCUUUGAAGAACAUAACCUGGCCAAUUAUAUGUUCUUCUUGAUGUACCUCAUUAACAAGGAUGAGACAGAACACACUGGGCAGGAGUCAUAUGUCUGGAAGAUGUACCAAGAAAGGUGUUGGGAUUUCUUCCCGGCUGGAGACUGUUUCCGGAAAACGUAUGAAGAUCAGCUUGGAUAACAGACUUUUGACGCUUUAGAUUAAUUUAAUCCAAACAUCUGAAAGAGACUUUGGUGAGAUAAUCCACCUCCAUCUCUUCUUACACAGAAGUGAUUCUGAAGAGCAUUGAUUCACUAACUGGAUAGUAUUAUAUCUUCAAAAUCCAGAUGUCUUUAAUGAUCACCUUACCACAGUCGCCAAGAUUUCUGCAGAGCAUCACGUCAUUGAUGUUCCUGCAGAGUGUUUUCCAUUGAUUCAAAGACUUUGCCAGGAUUUGACAUCAUGAGUUUCAGGUUCUCAGAGGAGUUGCUUAUUGCUCUCCUGGAACCUGUUGUCUCUAUGUCCUUUCACUGCCACCAAGAAUUUGCAAAGUAUCGAUAUGUCUUCACUGCCAAUGAAACCUUCCCUAGUGAAGUGCGGCUGCCUGGAAUUGUGCAAUGAUAAUCUACGGACUAAGAUCGUUAGUUAGUGUAUUACUGUCACUUUAUGUCACUCUUCCAAUGGUGGUGAAUCUUUUUGUCCUGCUAGAUGUGACCCUUUCAACUUGUACUGGGUAUAGGAGAAUUUUUUUGUGUGCAAAUAAGGGUUUAAAAAAAAAAAGCUUGAGAACCUUCACCACUGAUCUUUGAACAAAAUACACAACCUUCAAAUCUACCGGUAGUUUAUCCUAGAAUUAUGGUAAUUCUGAUUUGCAGAUAUUUCAUCUGUACAGAGGCAACCACUGGGCGGCCUCACGGUUACAUCGCAAUUUGACGUUUGCUUUUGAUUAGUUAGCUACUCCUUAUUCCGUAUCGAGUUGCAGAGAUAUUCUGUUUUCUAAAAAAUAUAAAUUUAAAAGAACUAAUUAGGAAAUGUUCUGUUAGAUUCUGAAUUGACUUUGCCCAGCUUUGUGUUCCCUUGCGUCAUAUGAUAGCGACUGGCACUGUCCAUAGGCCCGGACAGUCAGACACAAGCACAACGUUUUAUGGCCGCUUCUGCAAGUUGUCGUCACUGUUGAUGGGGAAGUUACUUGUGUUCGCUCUAUUUUAGUGCCUUAUACCUCCCAAAAUAGGAGAAAUACCACAGUUUUACAUGGGGGUUACGUGGGGUUAGUAUGUACCUGUACCAUAUUGCCGCAGGGGAGACCUGACUCCUUAGUUCGAUGGCUGCCUGAAUGUCGUCAUUGGAUGGUACUGUGUGUGUUGUGACCAUCCGUUUCUUAUUCUAUGAGAGAGAACAACACCCACCCACCAAUCAGCAAUAUAUUCCCUGUGGCUUCAGGAUCUAUGGAGAUACAUGUAGAUUAUCCAGCUGCAAUAUACGGGGGGAGGCGAGCGCUCAAUGUGCAACAUUUUGUCUU